CUGGGCUGCUCAGGGCGGGCGACCGGGCGGCUCCGCGGAGCCGAGCGAUCCCCGGCCCCAGCCGCGAUGGAGUCGGCAGCCCCCAGGCUCGGGCUGCUGCUCGCCGCCCUCUGCCUGCUCGCUUCCCACGGAGGACCAGCAGCUUUUCUCAUUACCACCCCAUAUUCACUGUGCAUCUGCCCUGAGGGCCAGAAUGUCACCCUGACCUGCCGGAUCAGUGGUCCCCUUGCUGACCGCCAUGACCUGCUCUACAAAACCUGGUACUUCAGCAGCAACGGUGACCAGAGCUGCUCUGAGAAGAAGCACAUCCGCAACGUCACUGAGAAGGAGCUACACCAUGACCUGGGCAGGCACCAUGAGCUGCCAGGCAAUGGCACCCAAAAAUCCCCUGCUGGGGGGCAAGCCAGCCAUCAUGGGGUGGAGUUUGUCCCAGACCACCAUGGUGCCUUUCACAUUGUGGUGAUGAACCUGACGCUGCAGGACAGUGGGAAUUACUGCUGCUACGCUGUGGAGGCCAGGCGGGAGCACGGCAAACCCCACACCCUGCAGGUUGCUCACGGCUUUGUGGAGCUGCAGAUCCAUCAAGGCAGAGGAGGGCUUCAAAACUGCACGUUUCAUACUGCCACCAGCAAAGAUAUCACAGCCGCUGCACUGGCAACAGGCGCCUGCAUCGUGGGCAUCCUCUGCCUGCCCCUCAUCUUGCUCCUGAUUUACAAGCAGAGACAAGCUGUCAGCAGCAGACGUGCUCACGAGCUUGUCAGGAUGGAGAGCAAUGCCCAGGGCAUUGAGAACCCUGUCUUUGAGGCGGUCCCCUCAGCCAGCAUGGAGCCACGGCCCCGACCCCAGCUCUCCUACAUGGCCAGCCGGCAGCCCUCCGAGUCUGGCCGGCACCUGCUCUCCGAGCCCGGCACCCCCCUGUCUCCCCCCGGCCCUGGGGACUGCUUCUUCCCAUCGCUGGAUCCUGUUCCUGACUCACCAAAUUCCUUGAAAGAGUAAAGACCCCGGAGGAAACCACAUCCCCCAGUCGCAGCUGGGAGAGGCCCAGCAGCCACUGCACCAUGCCCCCAGCCGGGACCCUGCGGAGGGCAGCAUGGCCAUGGGCAGCAAAGCCUUACACAGUGAAGCUGGGAGCAGGAGUCCAGACCUCACCUCCUGUCCUGGCUCUGCCCUGGGGCUGGAAGUGAACCUCUCUUGCCUGGAUUUCAGUUUUUAACUACUUCUAUGGAGAAGAGCAUGGCUUUGUACUGCUCACGUUUUAUAGACUAGCUGAUAACUGGGGAUGUGGGGAAGGAAGGAUGACCUGCACCCACAAACCUCCACAAGGACUUAAAUUAUUGCCAGGGUUUAAGCUCUGCAAUAUGAACCUGAUUCUGCAUCUUUGAACAUCCUCUCUGGGAGCGGAUGGUAAAGUACUUUAUCCACCAUGAGACAAAACAAGGUCACUGGCCAACCUUGUACUACCUUUUUCUUUGCAAAACAGGAAGGGGAGAGGCUCUCUGCCGCUGAUGGAACCCUCCUUCCCUACCACCCUUUUGAGAUGGUUAUGGACAUGCAAGGCUGCAGCCUUUCCAGCUGGACACAUGUAGGGAGAAGCCUUAUUUCUGCUGCAAUUUUAUCCUCAGCUUGGGAUCAGGGGAAUUUAUCUUUCUUUCAUUAU